AUGCGCGCGAACACCAGUGAAUUGGAGGCUUGUUCAAUGCCGUCACCAGCCACCGUGGUCAAUGAACUGCUCGCCCAGCAGGCAGCAGAGAUCGCCACACUUCGCGCCAAACUUGAGAGUACCCAGAUUCACGCAAAUAAUAUCCGAGCCGAUCUCGGUGCCGUGCAGGAAAAGUCCUCGGCGGAGAUAAUAAGCCUCAGGACUGAACUUUCCGAGUUGAAGAUGCAACACUUGGACUGCAUAUCAACAAUGAAGAAAGGACAAGACACGGAACCGUCUGAGCUUGAACGUGCACUGAGCAAACUCGAAGAACAGCUGGAUGCCGAAAGAAGCGAGAAGAAGCGAGAACUGCGGGAAACAGUCGAGAAGACUGAACUAGAGGCCGUCAAACUUCGGGAUGCUGCUGUGAUACAGGCCGAAGUUAAAAAGAACCCCGAGGUGGAUGUGCAGAAGCUGGCAGCACGCAUUCAUGGCAGAGAACUACAUAUGAAGCACCUCGAGAGUGAGGGAGUACAACUCAUCAAGGAGUCGUCUACCUCGGAGCCCCCAAGCCUGAUGAGCCUGCUCAAAAGCGGGGCUCCUCCUUUCGAUAUUUUCAAGGGAACGUUUUCACCGUACGGUACAACCAAGAAGCACAUUACCAACGACAUGUAUCUCCUCAACUCGGAAGACUUCAUGUGGUGUCAAGCUCCGUAUUCCGGAUACCUUUUCAGGCCAAAACUUGUUAACUCACCGAGUAUAUUCAUACGACCGGUGAAUUGGGGACUAUGUUCACAUAAGGACGCGGCGGAACUCUUCUGUAAGUCGGGAAAUGGAAUUCUCGGAGACGACCUUUGGUAUACCGGGUCUUAUAUUAUCGAUCAACCUGAGGAACUGAGCGCAGAAGCUUUCGAGCUUCUUUCCGAAGAGAUCCAGAAGAAUAUUGUCGAGAUAUCUUUUUCCUGGGACUUGCCGCAUGAGGAGACGAGGGCAAUGUAUCUGCGUGGCGAGUCGACCGUUCUGGCAUAUCCCGUUUUGCGUGUUGGCUACAACGCCAACCUCAAGCACUUGGGGUGGAGGUACACAUUCUACCCGGAUAUCAGGCACAAGACGUUCGUCGAGCGCAAAGGUUUUACUGGAAGUUCGCUGGGUGCCCUCGACAAGUGCCCACACGGUCAAGCACUGCUAGGCCGUAACAUGAGUCAGUAUCAGAUAUCGCUGCACAUGCACCGUCCACACCAACUUUGUGGGAGUAAUACCGACGUUUGA